AUGGUCAUCAAAAAGGAGAAGAAAGAAUAUUUUCAAAGUUACAGAAUUGUAAGCUUUACCACUAUUUCCAGAAAAGGGCCAGAAGUUAUUAUGCAACAGAUGUUUGAGGAGAAGUACGCAGAGAAGCGUCAGCAAUUACAUGCAGAUAAGGUCGUUUUCUCAAGAAUAAGUCACAGUGGAAUUAUCGAAAUCUCUAACCAGAAUUUCACGCACCUUUACCUCCGGGGCAACGCUCUUCGAGACAUGGGGAUCAAGCUCCUCUGUGAGGGACUCUUGCACCCCAACUGCAAGCUUCAGAUGUUGCAGUUAGAUAACUGCACCCUCACCUCACACUGCUGCUGGGAUCUUUCCACACUGCUGACCUCUAACCGGAGCCUGCGAGAGCUGAGUCUAGGCAGCAACGACCUGGGUGACCUGGGGGUGAUGCUACUCUGUGAAGUGCUGAAACAGCAGGGCUGCCUCCUGAAAAACCUGAA